AUGGUGGAGCAAAGAGAAGAGGACUCUGAAAAGGAAUCCUGCCCAAGCAGUGAUGAAGAGGAGGAGGAGGAUUCUGAAUAUGAUGAAGAUAGAGAUAAUUAUAUUAUUGAUGACUUUGUAGUACAAGAUGAGGAGGGUGAUGAAGAGAAUAAAAAUCAACAAGAAAAAAAAUUGACUACCUCUCAAUUGAAAUUAGUAAAACAGAAUUCUCUUUAUUCUUUUAGUGACCACUAUACUCACUUUGAAAGAGUUGUAAAGGCCCUUCUGAUCAAUGCUUUAGAUGAAUCUUUUCUGGGAUCAUUGUAUGAUGGCACCAGGCAAAAAUUGUAUGCCCAAGAUAUGUUGACAUCUCUUCAUUAUUUGGAUAAUCGCUUUGUUCAGCCCAGUCUAGAGAGUUUAGCUUCUAGAAGUCGUUGGAAAGAGCAAUAUAAGGAGCGGGUAGAAAAUUAUUCUAAUGUGAGUAUCCAUUGGAAGAAUCCUGAAAACUGUUCCUGUCAGGCUUGUGGAUUGCAUCGCCACUGCAGAUAUUCAGUGCAUUUAUCAGGAAAGUUGUAUAAUACCAGGACUAUGGAAACAGAUGAUUUUAUGUCACAUGAUAAACGGGUGUUUACUGUUGGCAGAAUAUGUGCUGAUCGUACCAGAAUUUAUCAUAAACUGAAACAUUUUAAGUUCAAACUCUACCAGGAAUGUUGCUCUCUUGCAAAGACAGAAGAAGUUGAGGAUGAACAGGUUAAAGAAAGUGUGGAAAGAAUUUUCAGUCAGUCAACAGAAAAUGGCUGGAUUAAAGAGAAAUAUGGUCAACUUGAAGAAUAUCUCAAUUUUGUGGAUUACUUUCAAGAUGAGAAGUUUGACUGAAUUGUAAUACAUUUCC